AUGCCCUCCCCGACCCUCACGCACCUGACAGACCCCACGAGCGCGCUGCUCGCACCCACAGCCGCCGUCCUCGCGGAGAGCUUCAACCCCGCCGAGGAUCCCAUCUCGGGCAUAGUGUACGCCGGCAUCCCCGACCUCGAGGGGUUCACGGCGCUGCGGUUCAGACAGCGCCUGUAUGACGCGGUUGAGCGGCUGCAGGUCGUCGUUGCCGAGGCGGAUGGGGCGCCGGGGGCCGUCAUGAUCGUCAACCCGCCCGGCACGAUGGACGAUGAGCCUGGGCCGACACCGUACUCUGCCGAGCUUGAGGCGCAGACACCGCCAGAGGUGGUCGCGGCGCGGAACGAGCUGGGCGACGCGCUGCACAAGUUUGAAGCCAACGCGUUCGGCAACGACACCUACUACCUCUCUUUCAUCUGCACUGCGCCGUCGGCGCGGAGGCGCGGGCUCGCCGGCGCGCUGAUACGCAGCCUCGUGGCGCAGGCCGAGGCGGCCGGCGCGUUCGUGACGCUCACGACACAGAGCGACGAGAAUGUCAAGUACUACUCUUCGUUUGGGUUCCGGGUCAUUGACCGCAUGGACAUCGUGUCGCGCGGCUUGCCGAUGCCGUUUAUCGCCAUGACGAACCGGCCCGCGGCCUAG